UUCUCUUAUUAUCUUCACCUAUCAUCUCACCUCCCUCUUCCUUCACUCCGCAGGCUCAUUCUUCCAAGGGUUUUGCAUAAUUGUCUUGAUUAGGUUUUAGAGAUUAAUGGAACCCUCCUUCAAUGUCAACGCCAAUGUGCUCCGUAAUGAAACCAACAAUGCAAUUGUCUACUACCAUCUCAACAAGCUGUUAGCCUCGCAGUUUGAAAACCCCCCUCAAGAGAUCGCGGAGGCGUCGAGGUCUGCUUCUGCGGCUGCUACGGCCGCCGCUGCAGCUGCAAAGGCGGCCAGAGCUAACGCAAAUGCCAAAGCGUACGCUGCUGCUAGAGCUGUCGCUGCGGCUAAGGCCGCUCUGAAACUGAUCGCCUCGUUUCCAAACCAGGAGGAGGUCAGGAAGGACAAACAUGUUGCUGAGGUUGAUGAAGACGGCGUCAUGGUGUUGAAGGAUCAAGAGUUGUUACCCUCUGGCGAUGCGAGUAAUGGCAUGAUAAUGCCUAUCUCUUCUCCGAGUAAAAAUGAGGAGUGGUCCGUGGAGAGGUUAAGAGAGAGGCCAAAUACAGAGUAUGAUUCCAUCAACAAGAGGAGUGCGGUGGAGGUAGGUUCGUCCAGUAGAGUGGUUGAAUCGUCGGUUAGUGGACAAGGAGGAGCAAAAGAGGAUGUCCAGAAGCCGACCAGGAAGAGAGGACGGCCGAGGAAACAUUAGUUGUGUUGUGGUUAACAUUAGUCUUUUGGUCCGUGAUUGGAUGAGUUGAGUGAAAACUUUAGACUGUAAUUAACAGUUGUGGCCAUCUAAUCCCUAAUUCUAAGGCUUAACUUUUUUUUUUUUUUUUUGAAUUGGUUUUAAGACAAUGUUGCUGGAGUUGAGUAGUGUGAGAUGAUAACAUUCUUGUUCUUACA